AUGGCGUUCGUGAGUGAAUUGCUGGCCAACCUUGUAUUCGUGGCCAUACCCUAUAUCCUCCAUAGAAAUGGUUUGGCCACGGAGCAUUUUCCGAUGGAACGACGAACGAGUCCAUUGGAGUCCCUUCCUGACGAGACGUUGACACAGGUUCUCGCAUACUUGGAAUGGUAUGAGAUUCUCCAAGUCCGUCAGUGCUGUCGACGCCUUGAUCGCGUCUCGAAAGACCGUUCGGUCUGGCUAGCUGUGCUCCUGCGCUACUACGACACCGCUCUCCCCCGACCGUUCCUGCUACCCAAACCGCUCCGCUAUUGCAGCUCAUCCGACCUCGAACGAAUCGUCUGCAAUUGGUUCUCAGUGCGUGGACUGGCCGACCCAGAUCUGGCGCAAAAGAAAGAGGUUACACCUCCCGAUACGUGGCCCAGGGGCUUCGCUUUGGGUCCCCUCCCAGGUGGUCGCGUCUUCAUGCAUGCGACCCCCGACGGCAACAUUCACUGCCACGACAUCGAGAACCUCGGCAAUCCUGCCUCCCUGUUCAUCCCGACCCCAUUUCCGUCGUAUACGGAGUCUUCCCAUGGUAUUAUCACUCGCAUGUCGAUGGACAUCCUCACAACCCAGGCGGACGGUAUUCCCACUGAGGAUCGUCUUUUCCCGUCCACGUUCAGUUUAGCUGCCAUCUGGGAGGCGCAUAAUAUAGUGAACCUAUCCGAAGCCCCGCUGAGAGUGUUCGGCGUCUAUCAAGUAGAGGUCCAACUUGGUGAAGAUGGCUCGGUUGCAGGAUACACUGCCGUGCAACUGGCCUUAAUCCGCGAGAGGGCUCCUCAGGACGCCCUACUCGGCGAGUGUUCAUUGUACGGAAGCAAUCUGGCGUAUCACAGCCAGGUUGGAUGUAGGAGGGCCAUUGUCAUCGUUGAUUGGACUUCUAUCCCUCACCUCACCAGCGCCAAAUAUCCUCGUGUUUAUCUUCCCGACAUCCAUCCUGCGGAAUUCUCUCUUCUGCCAGGGAAGCACAUUUCUGUCUUGCAAGACAGGGCAGUUCUGAUCUACAACUGGGGCGCUGUCCAUCCCAAAGCUCAUCCCCCAGAUCCCCGUCUACUCCGUCGGCUGCUGCCUGCUUUGCCCAAGUGGAAGACGACUCUACCCUCCUUCGGGGGCGCAUUCCCGCCUUUGAGUCCAUACCUCUUUAACGACACCGUCCGCCUUAUCGUCCCCACUUCUGUGGGUCUCAAGGGCAUUGUCAUCCCACUCCGGUUCCUCACCCAGGUGUCGGACUCUGAGGCGAUCGUCAGCCCUUCCGAGUCCCACCCCACGACCGUCCUGCUCAUAGAUAGGGAUUUUGGUUGUGCAGAUGGACUGAGCUUCGGCUUUCGCAAGGGCAUCUCGGCCGACUACCCUGACACCCACGUUUGGCAGUAUGGCUGGCCUGACGAAAUGCAAACGGGCACGUUGAAGGUGUACUCCCUUCCAUCGCAUGUGUAUGGUGCAGCCACUGCUCUCACCAUACAUUGCAUUGAGCAGAAGAAUCGACUAGUCUCUGUCCUUGAGUCACAAUGCCAAAUUAUAGAUUUUUGA